UUCCGGUGUACGAGUCCUAACGUCGUAAUAUUUGUCACACCGAGUCGAUAAUAUCAACAGAGAGAGAAAAAAGGGCGUUUGCUGUGUGUAUGCCAUUAGCUGAUGAAAAUGCGACAAUGCUCAUAGAAAGUCAUUUUUCCAAAUCAACUUUUUUGCCAUUGGAGGAUCAUUUGAAUAGAUCGCAGUUGUUGUUGGGGCGUUUUCACUAUCAUCAUCCCCAAGGUUGGUUGGUUGGUAACCGUCACUCUGCGAUUGCGUCGUCACACGAAAUUGAGUCCAAAACAAAUUUUGAAUGGAAUGCGCCGUCAGUAGUCCAAAGUAGUUGAUAAAAUGACCGCUAGGUGGCCUACGGCUGAUUGGAAUAGCCCAAAGCUUCUCCUCCUCCUCUCAUGUACGGACUCGUCUAACCACGCAGCAGCAGCAGCGUAAAAAGCAGCAGACUCUCUUGUGUCUUGUGUGUUGUUUAAUUCACAUUGUGUUAUUCAUCUGCCAAGUGUAAAUUGACCAUCAGGGUUUUCAUCAAUGCCAUCAGACAGUCGUGGCAGCAGCAGUGGAGGAAGCCAGGUGGGAAGCAAUGGCAAGAUUCAUGGAUACCUCAUCGUUCUUGGGAACAAUGGCAGUUUACCCUCGGGCGACAAGGGUCGCAAGCGUUCCAAAUACGGCGUGAUGCAGCGGCCGAAACCCAACGGAGUCCAGCCAUCCAACCAAUACCGCGUCCAAACACCUCAAACCCAUCCCGCUGUAACGGAUGUGAAUCAGCACACGAUUUUCUACACUUUGCCCCGGCACCAGGCCGUCAUCGUCGAGUACACUUCCGAUCCUACAAAGGACAUGUAUCAGAUUGGCAGAUCUUCAGAGGAACCCAUCGACUUUGUGGUUGCCGAUACUGUGCCGGGGAAUUUAAACAAGUCGUCGGUGAAUCGGACGUCUUCCUGCCCAAGCAAUGGUGGUCAAGUCAUGGCAGUUGGCAGAGUGGCACAGAGCACCAUCAGUCGCUUCGCUUGUCGUCUUCUAGUCGAAAGAGACAGUCUACCUGCCAGAGCUUAUGUCUACGCUGCUGGAUUCGAUUCGUCUCGCAACAUUUUUCUAGGCGAAAAGGCGACCAAAUGGGAGACGGACAAAGGCAUCGAUGGCCUCACGACAAAUGGAGUCUUGCUGCUGCAACCCAAAGGAGAAUUUGAAGGUGGGGCCGCUUUGCCUGGACAAUGGGUCGAAGUCUCGGUCGGAGGAGCCUUGUACCAUUUAAGAGAUUCCAGAUCUGCUCCGCAAAAGAAAUCACAGGUGGAGAAUGAAUUGAAUUUGCUGGUGGAUGGAUCAUUAAUCGAUUUGUGUGGCGCCACUUUGCUGUGGAGGAGUGCCGAAGGCCUUGCCAAAGGACCGACGGCUAGACAUUUGGAAAAGAUGGUUGACGAGUUGAAUGCAGGGAAACCGCAGUGUCCAGUCGGUUUGAACACGCUAGUGUUGCCGAGAAAGUCGACUUUACCACCGCCCGAUCAGACUCCUUACGUUUAUUUGAAAUGUGGGCACGUUCAGGGCCAACAUCACUGGGGGAAAGAAGGAGAAGAUCGAACAUGCCCCAUCUGCCUUAAAGUUGGCCCUGUCUCACAACUCAGCAUGGGUCUCGAACCAGCCUUUUGGGUGGAUCGCGAACCACCCACGUACGCGUUCAAUCCCUGCGGUCAUAUGGCUUCCGAGAAAACAGUCAAAUACUGGGGAGCUAUUCCUAUUCCUCACGGUACUAACGGAUUCAUUGGCAAAUGCCCGUUUUGCGCCACACCGCUGGAGGAUCGAGGCUUCGCAAAAUUAAUAUUCCAGGACCAUUUAGAUAGUUAAUUAAAAUAAUUGAAUGAAUGCCGUUUUGUUUUGUUGCCUUUUUUUUCCACGGUCUGUCUAAUUCUUUUCAUCGAUUGUACAUUAUAAAAUUAAGACGGCCACAAUUUCUUAUAACCUCCCAGCCCGUACUGACUUUUAGAGAGAACGAAAGAGAGAGAGAAUACACAUUACUCUAAUGUAAA